CCCGAGGCCCGCCGGGAGCAGGCUCUUUGGGGCUGACCAGCGGCUGCUCUGAGUGGGAAGCGAGUGGUGCUGGCCUGAGCCUCCUUGUGGCUGAGAAGCGCCAUGGCCAGCAUCCUACCGGCCUGCCUGGCUGCUCUCCUGCUGCUGCCUCUGGCGGCCGCCAUGCACUCGGACUGCAUGUUCAAGCAGGAGCAGGCCCAGUGCCUGGAGAAGAUCCGGAAGGCCAACGAGCAGAUGGGCUUGAACGCCUCCUCCCUGGGCUGCCCAGGGAUGUGGGACAACAUCACGUGCUGGAAGCCCGCCCGCGUAGGCGAGAUAGUCCUGGUCAGCUGCCCCAAGUUCUUCCAGAUCUUCGAUCCGGACCAAGUCUGGGAGACAGAAACCAUCGGAGAGUUUGGUUUUGAAGACAUUAACUCCUUGGACUUGGCAGGCAUGAGGGUGGUGAGCCGGAACUGCACGAAGGACGGCUGGUCGGAGCCCUUCCCUCACUAUUUCGAAGCUUGUGGGUUUGAUGAAUAUAAUGAAUCUGAGUCUGGGGACCAGAAUUUCUACUACAUGUCGGUGAAGGCCCUGUACACAGUCGGCUACAGCACGUCCCUCGUCUCCCUCACCACGGCCAUGGUCAUCUUGUGUCGCUUCCGGAAGCUGCACUGCACCCGCAACUUCAUCCACAUGAACCUGUUCGCGUCCUUCAUGCUGAGGGCCAUCUCCGUCUUCAUCAAGGACUGGAUCCUGUACGAGGAGCAGGACAACAACCACUGCUUCAUCUCCACCGUGGAGUGCAAGGCCAUAAUGGUUUUCUUUCACUACUGCGUCGUGUCCAACUACUUCUGGCUGUUCAUCGAGGGCCUGUACCUCUUCACCCUGCUGGUGGAGACCUUCUUCCCUGAGAGGAGAUACUUCUACUGGUACACCAUGGUUGGCUGGGGGUCCCCAACCAUCUGUGUGUCGGUGUGGGCUGCGCUGAGGCUCUACUUUGACAACACAGGCUGCUGGGAUAUGAAUGACAGCACUCCUCUGUGGUGGGUGAUCAAAGGCCCUGUGGUUGGUUCCAUAAUGGUGAACUUUGGGCUCUUUGUGGGCAUCAUCUUCAUCCUCGUGCAGAAACUUCAGUCUCCGGACACAGGAGGCAACGAGUCCAGCAUCUACUUAACAAAUAUAAGCCUGGGAGUCCCCAAGAAAGCCCGAGAGGACCCCCUGCCUGUGCCCUCAGACCAGCAUUCACCCCCUUUCCUCAGCUGCGUGCAGAAAUGCUACUGCAGGCCAGAGCGGGCUCAGCAGCACUCUUGCAAGAUGUCAGAACUGUCCGCCAUUACUCUGCGGCUGGCGCGGUCCACCCUGCUGCUCAUCCCGCUGUUCGGGAUCCACUACACGAUCUUCGCCUUCUCCCCCGAGUACGUCAGCAAGAGGGAAAGGCUGGUGUUUGAGCUGGGCCUGGGCUCCUUCCAGGGCUUCGUGGUGGCUGUCCUCUACUGCUUCCUGAACGGGGAGGUGCAGGCGGAGAUCAAGCGGAAGUGGCGGAGCUGGAAGGUGAACCGCUACUUCGCCGUGGACUUCAAGCACCGGCACCCGUCCCUGGCCAGCAGCGGCGUGAACGGGGGCACCCAGCUCUCCAUCCUGAGCAAGAGCAGCUCCCAGAUCCGCAUGUCCGGCCUCCCGACCGACAACCUGGCCACCUGAGCCCUCUCCCCGCCGUCCCCGCCUCCACUCCAGGCCGGGCGCCCGGGCGCCGGCCACGCAUGUUGCCUCUUUUCUCCCUUCGGGCAGGCCCCGGGUUGGACGCCGGGCUCCCCGAGGGGGGAGGAGGAUGCAGGUGCAGAGGGUAUUCCGCCCCCCUUCUGAUUUUGGCGCUGGCCCCACCCACCACGGACCCCUGGGCCCUGCCCCCAGACGUGUAAAUACUCCUCUGACGUGGGAAAGUUGUACCAUCCCAGCCCCUUCGUCCAGCCCCUGCCCAUCCAGAGGG